UCGAGGACAUUAAAGUGACUGUCGCUGUCUUUUAGUGGUGGCGCGGCUGGCUGUGGUCAGUCCGGGGCUACACAGGAUGGGGCCACUGGUGCCCUCAGCCCCUCCUGCCCUUUGGGUCCUAGGGUGCCUCACCCUGCUCCUCUGGCUGUGGGUGCUGUGCACAGCCUGCCACAGGAAGCAGGCUCGGAGGCAGCCAGCUGGGCUGCAGGGCACCAUGAUGCCAGUGGAAAUGUCACUGCUGAGACGGCCCCCCCUCCGCACCCUCAGCAAGUCAGACACCAGACUGCAUGAGCUGCACCAGGGGCCGCUCCGCCGCACAGCCCCUCGGCCUGCCAGCAUGGAUCUCCUGCGCCCACAAUGUCUGGAGGUGUCCAGAGACACCACCAGGCCCCCAGCCGCCUUCUCACACCGGGAACUGCCCCAGACCUCACCUGCUGCUGCCCAGCCCUCCACGGGCCCUGAGGCCACCUAUUCCAAUGUGGGGCUGGCAGCCAUCCCCAGGGCCAGCCUGGCAGCCAGCCCCGUGGUGUGGGCAGGGGCAGGGCUGACCAGCAGCUGUGCCAGAGACGGGCCUGAGGCCAGACCGGUGGUGGCUGAGUAUGCUUGUAUCCACAAGCUCAAGGGAACAGGUCGGAGUCCCCUAGACCUGGACCAGGGGAAGGCCCAGGGGACCCCAGCCACUCAGGUGGAUACCCUAUACUCCAGGGUCAGCAAGCCUAAAAGGAGGGACCCGCGAUCUGCCCUAGACCAGCCGGACCCCAAAGGCAGGGCAGCAAUUCUGACUCGGGGGAGGAACCUGGAUUACGAGGCCCUCCCACUCAAGGGCCUGAGUACCCACAACAACCUAGAAAACGUGUAUGAGAGCAUCCAGGAGCUGGGGGCUCGAGCCGGCAGCCCCCAGCUCUCGCUAACAGAUCAGACAUGAAGGCCUCCUGCUUCUCCCGCCUCAGCCUGUGGGGCUCAGCUACGCAGGGGUCUCCAACCCCUCCCUGCCCUAGCUCCCAAGGACAGAUGUUCCUUCUUCCAGCGUCCCUCUCCCCUCACAGUCCCCCACAGGGCAGCCUGCGUGUCUGGGGGCCUGGCUGCCCUGGCCUCUCCUG